UCAUUGAUUAGGACGGCUGGGCGGCGGCGGCGGCGGCGGCGCGGCGGCAGGCGUGUGGCGACGGCCGACGGGUGAGGAAGUGCCAGCGGAUAGCGGACUGAAGACAUCGACACAGCAGACGGCACAGAGACGCACAGAUGAGAUACGAGGAGGGCAUGGAGGCAGCGGGCGAGUCUCCGCUGGACGUUCUGUCCCGAGCGGCCUCCAUGGUGCAGGGACAGGAGAUCGAGGAGUUGCGGCGUCGGGCGGCGCAGCGCGCGCUGGGAGGCGGCGGCGGCUCGAGUCUGUCGCCGUCCUCCAGCCAGGACAGGAGGUCGCCCACCAAGGACCUGCCGACGCGCCAGUGGAAGGUGGAGCGGUCAGAGAGCCGGCGCCACGACCCGCUCACCGGGCCCAAGAUGCGCGUCAAAAGAGAGGACUCGUCGGCGUCGUACAGUGACGAGGGCGGCGCGGCCGGCGGCGCCGACGGCCCUCUGGACAUGACGGUCCGCCGGGGCUCGCCGCCGCCGUACCGCGCGGCCGUGUCGCCGUCCGGUCGGCAGCUGGGCCGGCCGUCGGUCAUCACCUGCGGGCCCGGACGGUCCGACUCGGAGGACGCCGGGUCGGACGGCGACCUGCGACCCGACGAGCUGCGCACCCGCGAGGUCAUCAAAGACUUCCCGGGCGUGUGCGAUCCGGUGAUAGAUGAGCACUUCCGACGCUCGUUAGGCAAACACUACGCAUCACUGUUCAAGAGCAGCAGCACCCCGUCACCGCCGCAGGCCAGAGAGGAGGACGUCACUGGCAUGUCAGUGGACGACCACUUUGCCAAGGCGCUGGGCGACACGUGGAUCAAACUGCAGGAGAAGGACCAGAGCAGCAGCGACCAGGCCCUGCCGCUGGUGACGUGAACGCUGACCGAGCCGCUGUCCCGACCGCUACCCGGGUCUCCGAGAGCGUCCAGCGCCCUGUGGGGGACGCGCGGACGUCCGCGUGUGGACCGCCGCCAGCUGUGUGGAUGUGUGGACCGACGUUUCCACUGUCGGAUUGAGAGGGCAUGUGGACUACGAUCACCGCACCGCGUGUGGAGGACGUCCGAAAGUCACUCCACUGGAGAAGCGGUGACCGGAUCGGUGACCCACAGUGCUGCGACGGAUACUGAGGGCCUCGCGGAGCUCUGUCCGUGUCUGACGGAGCCGGCGGAACCGGGAGGCAUGGGUGAGCGUCCACGCACGGCAGAGCGACGAAAUGAGAAUCCGAGUCAACAGGGCGCACGGUCGUCGGUGUCGGCAGCCACGAGCGGACACCAGGGGUGUCGGGGAGCGAGUGACGUCGGCGCCGACUCGUGCGGCUCAAUCAGGGAGGGCGCGCGGCGACCGAGCACGCCGGGACGCUCGCACAGGCGCAGCGCGCAGUCAGAGGGCUGGUCCCAUUCACAGCGGCGGCCGGGUGUGUGUGCGGUGCUCUCCGAGCGCUCUGAUUGGUGUGCGAGUGGCGGCCGAGAGCCGUGAUCGGUGGAUUCUGUCGGCCGUGAACAGUUCGCGACCGGCGGAGAACAGGGAGCUGCGUGGUUGCGUUGGAUGUUUACCUUACUGGUUGAUGUAUGCGUGUUCUAUGUUUACGGGGCCGGUCGCUAUGGCGGUGGCGCGGGGCGCCUCACGCUGCAAAGGUCGGCUUCGCGGGCGGUUACGUUGUACAGUACAAUAAUCUGUGAUGACAGAGCGCGUUGUUUUGUAUUUUGUUAUUGGGUUUGUCGCCGCUGACUGGCCCUCCGUUCGACGGCCUCGACUUGAUCAGUUCUUCGACGUCCUUCUGUGCUCUGUGGCGGCGGCGUGCGCCGUGCGCGGGCUCUCGGCAGUCCAGCCAGGCACUGCGUGUUGAUACUCAACAGUAACGAGGCCCGCUGCGGAGCCCAACACGGCACACGGCCGCCGCCGUUUUGUAAAGGUAUGCCAGCUGUGUUAUCCGAGCAUGUGUGAUGUAAAUACAAAGCUGAAUAAUGAUUA